CUCGGUGUUUUUCUCCCUUAAUACACUGUCAUUGGAUUAUAUCUGAUUGGAUUAGCUAAGGAAUAAUUUUAUGGUUUUGAGUACAGUACCAAGCACCUACCAGUCAAACCGCCCUCUCUCUUUUCCCAUUUUCUCUUUUUUGGCCCAAUUUUCCUUGUUUCUCUCCCUCCUCUCCAUAACUUUUAUCUUACCUCUUCGCCAUUUUCUCUCCGUGUUUGCUUCCAGAAAUUUGUUUGUCGUUUCCUUACUGGUGGUUGUCGUCCCAGGUGCUUGAGAUUUCAUUUUCCCUCUCUGAUUUUUCGUUUUCCUUGCUGGGCUGACUCUCUCUCUCGGUAGCAAGUGUCCUUGGGUAAAAUUUCGUGCUUCUCAUUUUUCAUUUACUGACCGGAGCUCACGCUAGCUUCGUCACUAGUUCCCGUCAACAGCAUUGACACUGACGUUGCUGCCAGUCCACUUCUGCACUGCCAGACUAAUGGACUCUCGAGAAGAAAUGCAGAAGGCGAAACGUUCGAUUGCUCAAGUAAGAUGCCAAGAGCAUGAGCUUCUUGUUUGGUGCAAUUUAUUUACUAGGCUGGUGCAGAUUGGCAGUUUUGGGCUUCAAUUCCUGUGGUGUAUUCUGCAUUUUAUUGUCAGCAUAUGGUACUUUCUGUUGGAGGUAACUCAUGUGGUCGAAAGUACCCUUAUUUCUAGUGGACUACUGAAGAACUACAAAGCCCUUGAUUUAGGCAAGCUCCGGUACCUCGCCAUUGUGGUAGGAAGUGAAGAAGCUUACCAAACUGCUAAGGUCACUAAACUUUUACAGUGGCUGGAAGCAAUUGGCAUGAAGCAUGUGUGCCUUUAUGAUAUGGAAGGAGUAUUAAAGAAAUCAAAAGAAGCCAUCUUGGAGAAAAUGAGCAAUACAACAGUAUUUCAGGAAGCUGAUGAAAAUGAUAAGCUACUUGACCAAAAACAUAUGACGCUAGAAUUUGCUUCAUACUCUGAUGGAAAGGAAGCAGUGGCUAAAGCAGCUAACUUACUUUUUGCCAAGUAUUUACAAUCAGCUAAUUCUGGUGGAGAUCCGGAUGAAGAAAGAAUAUUUAAUGAACCUCACAUGAAUGAGGCGCUAAGAGCUGUUGGUAGUGGAGGACCAGAACCUGACCUCCUCUUGGUAUAUGGACCUGCAAGAUGCCACCUAGGUUUUCCUGCAUGGAGGAUUCGAUAUACCGAGAUUGUACACAUGGGAUCAUUGAAGUCCAUGAGAUAUGGUUCCCUAAUAAAGGCCAUUUACAAGUUUACCAUGGUGCGCCAGAACUAUGGUAAGUGAGAAACUGUAGUUGGAGGUCAUCAUCUUGAAUAAGUGGUGCCAUUGAAUACUGCAGGGAUUCUCAAGUUUGUCCGCUUUGUAUCAACUUUUGUCUUGUACAUGUUGGCUGUUUUGGACACAGGAUCCCAUAAGUGGAUAUUAACAUACCUUAAUGCUGCUGAGAAAAAAUAAUAUCUCUACAGCUGAACACCUCCUACACCCCCCCGCUCAUGCCUGCAUCAUGAAUAAUGAGUCAUCAUCUUGUAUUUAUUUAUACUACUACUCUACACUUCGUUUCUAAUUCCCUAUUUUUCUCUGAGGAUUUUUACUAUUUGUGAAUAAUAAAGUUACAACUAUCUGAUGUUA